AUGCGCAACAAUAACAACAAGAGCUACAUGAACAUUGGCGAUGAGCGCAACGAACGAAGAGGACGGGCGCCCUGGUAUUGGCGUCUCGUAGCACUCGCUUCGUCAUGGAUGAUUCUGGCAGGCUAUCUCAUACUGCCAGGACUCUAUGCCAAAGAUCCAACACUACUCAAGUUCAGACAGGCGAUACUAUCCGUAUUUGUUGUUGCCUUUCUGACCGCAGGAUAUUCAUUCACUGCGCUACUCUGUUUCGCGUGUCGCAAUGAGCUCUUCCAAGCAGAAAGCGUCUUCCUUCCUGCACUCGCAUCCUCCGCCUUCGGCCUCAUAUCGAUAGCCUACAACUUCCUGUCCUCACAUUCGUACAUGUGGGGGAUCUCCGCCAUCAGCGGCACCGUGCUCAGUGCCACAGCCACCCUGACUUACGGCGCCCUGCUACUCUGGACACACCACCGCAUUGUCAAGAUUGCAGAGAACGGAGGAUCGCGGCAACUAUGGUCGAAUGAGUCGUAUUACACAAACUACGUGCACAACAUGUACCCGACCGCGACUCGAUCGCCCGCCGCGACCCCGGAAGCACCCAUCGCGGAGUACGAUCCUGUAAAUCAGCAGAUGGCUUUGCUGCUUAUGAAAUCGGACCCCCGUCCAAGCCCUGAUGCGCACAGCACAACCUUCCGGAUAGACAUGCCAGAAGACAGAGAGCAGAUGGAGCGACAAGCGUAUAGCCAGGAGCUCGUUGGUACGCUAGGACAAGUUUAUGCCGGCCAUAAUCGCAAUCGAGCGGAGAGUCGACCUGACAGCCUGAGCGAGCAGCAGGCCUGGGAACGAUGGCAAGAUCGCGGACGCGCGGCCGAUAGGCCACCAAGCAUUGGCCAGCGAAGUAAUCAUUCAAGAGGCCUCAGUCGAGAAGAGCGAAGGAGAGAGAUUGAGCUUGGUCAUCCUUGA